GCCAUAUCCCUUGAUCGUAGGUUGUUCCGGUUUUAAGUUGGAGAUCAUCUCUGGAUCCCACCUGAUUUGAUCGUUGCCCUCAGACGUCGGCUAUAGUGAUCCAGCUGGUUGCGCUUACUACCACUACCUACUACAUUGUAGUAGCCUGCUAUACGUCUCGUCACCUCCGGUUACUACUGACGACGGGUUGUUUGUUUGGACCCUAGGUGCCUGCCCUAUACAGUAUUCUAUCAAACGAGCAGCGCAUAAACAACCUUGCUACACCACUUCAGAGAUAAUAUCACCCGAUUAACCAACUUGGUCGAGGUUUGAAUACCAACCCCACGAAUAGCUCGGCCUUCUCCCUUCGCAAUGGCCAACGACAAGGGGGAUAGUGGGCCUUCGGCCGUGGCUAUCGCCAGCAACAAGAUCCCAUUUUGGCGUCUAUUGACCGACCAAGGCGUCAUCACGCAAGAGAUUAUCGACCAUCACUACCCCGGAUCUGGUACCGAUGAGGAUCCUUAUGCAGUUACCUGGCUCCCCCAGGACCCGCGAAACCCCAUGCAGUUCAGCGAGACGAAGAAAUGGACCUUCACCAUGAUGAUGGCGCUUGCGACGUUGGCCGUUGCCCUUGUGUCCUCGGCCUACACUGGUGGCAUUGUUGAGAUUGAAAAAGACUUUGGAAUCGGCACGGAAGUGGCGACCCUUGGUGUCUCUCUCUUCGUCCUUGGUUUUGCUAUUGGUCCGCUUUUGUGGGCGCCGCUAUCAGAGAUGUUUGGCCGUCAGAUCGUGUAUUGCGUUACUUAUAUGGCGCUCACAGCGUUUACCGCGGGCGGUGCUGGUUCCCAGAACGCCUAUACCCUUAUCAUCCUCCGUUUCUUUGCUGGUUCUUUUGGAUCAUCACCCAUGACCAAUGCCGGUGGUGUCAUUGCCGACAUGUUUCCGGCGAAGCAAAGAGGUGUUGCCACUAGCUUGUUCGCGGCGGCUCCAUUCUUGGGUCCCGUGCUCGGUCCUAUCAUCGGUGGGUUCUUGGGAAUGAAUGCUGGAUGGAGAUGGGUGAUGGGUUUCUUGGGUGCCUUCACGGGCGUUGUUUGGAUCCUUGGAUCAUUGACUGUCCCUGAAACCUACGCACCGGUGCUUCUCCGUCGCCGUGCAGAGAGACUGAGCCAGCUCACCGGAAAGGUCUACCGCAGCAAGAUCGAUAUCGACCAGGGCAAGACUACGCUUGGACAGGCUUUCAAGACUGCGCUGUCCCGCCCCUGGAUCCUCCUGUUCAAGGAGCCGAUCGUGUUCCUGCUUUCUCUUUACAUCGCCAUUGUUUACGGAACCCUAUACAUGCUUUUCGCCGCUUACCCCAUUGUUUACCAGGUCCAUCGUGGAUGGAAUCAGGGAGUUGGCAGUCUUCCAUUCCUGGGUAUCAUGGUUGGCAUGAUUGGGGCCGUGGUCUACAAUAUUCUCGACAAUAAGCGAUACAUCCGCUCUCAAGAAAAGCACGGCGGCUUUGCGCCCCCGGAGGCUCGCCUUCCUCCAUGCUUGGUUGCCUCUAUCGCAGUUCCUGUUGGUCUCUUCUGGUUUGCCUGGACAGACUCCACGUCUAUUCACUGGAUGGCUAGCGUGGCCGCCGGAGUGCCGUUCGGAUUCGGUCUCGUUUUGGUGUUCUUGAGUAAUCUGUCGUAUCUCAUUGAUACCUACACCAUCUUUGCGGCAUCGGUUCUGGCUGCCAACUCUGUUCUGCGGUCUAUCUUCGGAGCUGUGUUCCCCCUUUUCACCACCUAUAUGUAUCAGGACCUGGGUAUUCACUGGGCUACCUGUAUCCCGGCCUUCUUGGCGCUUGCUUGUGUUCCGUUUCCCUUCAUGUUUUACAAGUAUGGCCCCGCCAUCCGCAAGCGCUGCAAGUAUGCCGCCGAAUCAGAGGCUUUUAUGCGACAGAUGCUGGCGCAGCAUAUGAAGAAACCCGAGGUUUCGACCGAAGAAGUCGAAGAGGAGGCUAAGGAGCAGCAUCCUUUCGACCGCACCGAAGCCCCGGCCCCUGAGACCCUUAGCGCUGACUCCGAAUCUGGCCAUAAGGAGAGGUUGGAUGAUUUGCAUCGCACUCGCAGCAAGGCCUCAACCCGCACCGUGAACUCCGUCCGUCAAUCGCUUUACGAGGGCAACCCCUACGACAUCGACCGUGUCCACACUCGUGAAUCCUUCAAGGCCUAAUCAGUUCCUUCAAAUGCAACCUUGAAGGUCUAAUUUACACUCACGGCCCGAUCUGGCAGUUCACUUUUUGAAAAACACAUACCCGAUGCGAUUACUAUAUAAUCUUUAGUAUCUAUUACCUUUGCUAAGGUGUCGAUGUGAGCCGUGGAUGGCUGCGUCGAGAAAAAAGACACCAUCAGCCUAAAACUUUGGGCAUUGAUUGUUAAGACGAUUUGCAUGCUGAUAUACCCAGUGCUUCUAUACCCCCCUUGUUGUUUAUGAUAGAGAAGGGGCCCUUGUUGUUUUCACGCAGUUAUAGAGAUUCUCCGAUUCAAAUAAUGAUAUUAAUAGAAGUUAUAUAUG